UACUUUUGUUUCUUAAUGAUACUAGACUAUACAGCUUUAGCAUCCACAUCGUAUAGCCUCAGCAUCCCUCUCGACCGAUAGAGAAUCCCAGCACGCCAUAACCCCAUCUCCUCACGACACCAGCUAAUCUCCCAACAUGCAUUAUCUCGGAACUACUCCGUUGAAUCAUCCUCCUGCUACAGUGCGGAGAGAGAACCGGUGCUAAAUCAAUAACUCAUGAAGAGCAUCCUCGACGAUGUCACGCAAUGCGAUCGAUUGAUGGCGCGUGAGGGGUAUGCUCGUCGCCGCGAUCGACACUAUCCAGCUAUAUAUGAGUAUACCUUGUACCUCAAACCGUUCAUCCUUCACGAUUGAACACCAAAAGGCGAACGCAAAGCAAAGGCCAACCACCAUGUCAUCCACCGCCGCUACCCACGAUGCACCCAAAAAGCAGAUCCUGCUCAACGCGUUCGACAUGUCCACCGUCGGCCACCUGUCGCCGGGGCAGUGGAAGAACCCCAAGGACCGGUCGGGGACGAAGCGCACGCUAAAGUACUGGACGGAUCUGGCCCAGUUGCUGGAGCGCGGGGGCAUCACGGCCUUGUUCCUGGCGGACACGUAUGGGGGAUAUGAUACGUACGAGGGCAGUCUGGAUGAAUGUAUCCGACGGGCGGCGCAGUGGCCGAUGACGGAUCCCACGAUUCCCAUCUCCGCCAUGGCAGCGGUGACCAAGCACCUCGCCUUCGGCAUCACGGCCUCCACCUCCUUCGAGCCGCCCUUCCUCCUCGCGAAACGCUUCUCCACCCUCGACCACCUGACCAACGGGCGCAUCGGCUGGAACAUCGUGACCUCGUGGAAGAAAGCGGCCUUCAAAGCCAUCGGCAUCGACACUCCCAUCGAGCACGACGAGCGCUACGCCCAAGCCGACGAGUACCUACGCGUGCUAUACAAACUCUGGGAAUCCUCCUGGUCCCCGACCGCACUAUCGCCCAACCCGGCCGAAGACAGCUACAUCGACCCAGCCCAGGUCCGCACGAUCCACCACCAGGGCAAAUACUUCCAGCUGUCGACGCGGCACAUCGUGGACCCGUCCCCGCAACGCACGCCCUUCCUGUUCCAAGCAGGCACUUCAGCGGCGGGCUCGCAGUUCGCGGCCACGCACGCGGAGGCGAUCUUCGUGUCGGCGCACGCGCCCAGCGUGCUGCGCCCGAAGAUCGCGGCCAUCCGCGCGCAGGCCGCGGCGCAGGGGCGCGACCCGGCCAGUCUCAAGUUCUUCGGGACGUUCACGCCGAUCCUCGGGCGGACGGAGCGCGAAGCCCAGGCCAAGCUGGCCGAGGCGCAGCGGUACGCGUCGACGGUGGGCGGGCUGGUGCUGUUCAGCGGGUGGACGGGGGUGGACAUCUCCAAGAUCCCGAUCGAUCAGGACAUCACGGCGGCGGAUAGUACGGAGGCGCACAAGGUGCGCAGCAUGCUGGAUGCGUUCACGACGACCAGCCCCGAGGUGCCGCGGUGGACGCCGCGCGUGGUGGCGCAGAAGGCGGCGAUCGGGGGGCUGGGCCCCGUCGCCGUGGGGGAUCCCGGUCAGGUGGCCGAUGAGAUGGAGCGGUGGGUGCGCGAGGCCGAUCUCGAUGGGUUCAACGUCGCGUAUGUGACGACCCCGGGCACGUUUGAGGAUGUCGUCGAGUUGUUGGUGCCGGAGCUGCGGCGGCGCGGGUUGUAUCCUGAUUCCGUCCCGGAGGAAGGGGUGACGAUGCGCGAGAAGGUGUAUGGCAUCGGGCAGAGGGAGUUACGCGCGGAUCAUGCGGGGAGUCGGUAUAAGUACCAUGUUUAUGUUGAGGAUGGGGAUGAGGGGGAGGCAGGAGAGGGAAAGCAGCAGCAGCAGCAACAGUAGCAAUAGUAGCUGACGGGUGAGUGCUGCUGUUACUGCUCCUCAGAUUGUAUGGAUCAAGAUCAGAAAGAGAGAGCCUCCAGAUGUUGUUCACAUGCUAUGA